AUGGCUUGGGUGAUGUUGAUCUUCAACUAUUUUGAUCGGUGCAUUAUAGCAGCUGCCAAAAUUAUUGGCAUCCAAGAAUCGCUGCACUUGAACUCGACGCAGUACGGCAUCGCUGUUGGGAUCCUUUACGUCGGCCUCAUCCUGAUGCAAGUGCCAUCAAAUAUGGUUUUGACCAUGCUACGGCCUUCGAUCUACCUGCCAUCAUGUAUGAUGGUCUGGGGUAUUAUUUCGGCAUGCACUGGCCUAGUGCACAAGGCCUGGCAUCUUUAUCUCAUACGUUUCUUUCUUGGCUUCGUCGAGGCUCCAUUCACCGUUGGGGCCCUGUUCUUGAUAUCAUCAUGGUAUACGCGCUCGGAGCUGGGCGUUCGGAGCGCUGUUCUUUUGUCGGCUCCAUUGCUGGGCAGUGCAGUCUCUGGUCCGAUUACUGCUGGUCUCGCCGAUCGACUUGAGGGAGCGUAUUCCUUAGAGGCAUGGAGAUGGCUAUUCAUGCUCGGAGGGGCCUCGACAUUCGUGGUCGCUUGUCUUUCUUUCUUUUCUCUGCCCAACUUCCCUUCUAACACCCAUUGGCUAUCCCCAACCGAGCGCGCAGUCGCGGAAUGGAGAUUGAUUCGCGAUGCUGGUCAAGUUGAUGAGGAUGUCGCCAAUUGGAAGGACGGAUUCAACAUGUCAAGGAAAGACUGGCGAGUCUAUGUGUUUGCUGCCAUGUUCCUGCUCCUGUCGAUGGCUUCGUCCGUACACAACUUCUUUCCAUCGAUCGUGCAGACUUUAGGUUUUGGUCACAAGAACACGUUGCUGCUCGCAGCGCCUCCUUACCUGGUGGCAAUUUUCGUUGCUGUCCUCAACAAUUGGUCAGCCGAUCGCACUGGCAACUCUUCUUUCCAUGUUGUUUGGCCACCUGCAGCGGCUACCAUUGGGUUCAUUAUCUGCGCCGCCUCACUCAACACCUGGCCGCGAUAUUUCGCAAUGAUCCUCAUGAUCGCUGGCGGACACGGUGCCAAUGCGAUCGUCCUUUCUUGGGCUCAAAAGACCAUGAUUCGACCACGAGUCAAGCGCGCUUGCACUCUUGCUUUCAUCAAUGCCACCGGCACUCUUGCGCAGAUCCUGACGUCCCUUCUGUACCCGAGCCGAGCGGCGCCUCGUUAUGUUAUCGUCAUGUCUCUGAACUCGGCGUGCGCAAUGGGUGCCAUUGUGCUUGCUCUCGCUAUGCGCGUCAUCCUCCAACACGCCAACAGGAGACUUGAACGUGGCUCAGAUGGAGAAGAAGUACCGAUAGGCGAUCCAGAUAAUGCAAUCGCCGGCAUCCCUGAUGAGGAGAAACAAGCGGCAAGGAGCUUCAGAUAUGUCGCCUGA